AUGUCGAUUGAAAAUCUCAAGUCUUUCGACCCCUUCGCCGAAGCCGAUGAGGAUACCGGAGGCGACGCCAAGCAGUCCCAGAACUACAUCCACAUCCGUAUCCAGCAACGCAAUGGUCGUAAGACCUUGACUACCUCCUGCAAUGGCACCAUCGUCAACGACUCGGAGAUGGGCGAGGUGAUUCAGCUUCAGGGCGACCAGCGCAAGGAUGUCCAGGAGUUCUUGAUCGACAAGAAGGAGGGUUUGGAGCUGGAUGCCAAGACCAUUAAGGUCCAUGGCUUCUAG